CGCGAUGGCGUCCGGACCCGAGUAUCUCCAGUCCGCCUCGGCACUCAUCAAAUCGCUCAGAGCGAGCAACGAUCCCCCCGUCUCCCCCGGCCCAUCCAAGGCUCAAAUAGCUCUCGAAGCCUGGAACGCAAAGACUUUUGAUAUCCCCCGGAAAGCAGAGAUACUGAGAGACUGGAUCCUUGAGACUUGGUCCAAGGCUAGAGCCAAUAACAACAAUAAUGCCAUCCUGAAGACAGAGUAUCACAGUCUCUUACUCAGAGUAGGAAAGACUCAUGAUCUCGCAUCCCCUGCCCCCCUCCAAAUACUGUCGACAUUCUUUUCCUCCCUGCAACAGAACGAAAACACAGUAUCGCUUCUAAGGUCGGCUGCGAAGAGCUUUGCAGCCAUUUUCGACCCCCAAGAGAUCACCUACAAAACGGAGAGUUGGGUAGAUGCGUGGACUAGUCUGGUCCAAUUCUUGUCUCUGCCGUCCUUUUCUGCCCAGCAAAAUGCGCCUAUCAGUACCAUUGCUGGCCUGAUCGCUUCUGGUAUUGAAAGAAGCCAAUAUUCAAACACCAGCGCGAAAAAGAAUGCUCAAGCAGCCAAUGCUAUUUUCCCGGUGUACUGCCAGGCUUUCUUGGCGCAUGCCUACCUCAGAAAUCAACUCAAUGAUACCCUGUCAUCAAUCAUUUUCAAUACUGCAGUCCUUCAGGCAUCAGAGCCUCUUGGUGGGCUGUUCUCGGCGGCAGAGCCCAAAUUGAACGAAGCUGCUGUAGCCCACGGCUGCCUCUUGGCAUUGCCUACCAUCUUCAAAAGCCUGACCUCCACUUACCAUCAAGAUUCUUCGACCUUGUUUGCUCAACCGUCUAGCAGCAAACUGCCUCAUGACGUUUUUGUCGCUUCCAAAGAACGGGACUCUGUUCGUCAAUCCCUGGAUCGAGUCCUCGUCUUUCUCGAGACACUCGAGACACGAUUGCAGAAUUUUCCCGCCAGCUCGGAAGUUGAAGAAGGCAUGGUGUGGCUCUGGGAGAGCAGAGCAGCGACUUGGAAGGCUCUCGCGGACUGGGGAGGUUACAUGGAAAGGGAAGAGCCUUGGGGCCGACUUGUGGAUGCCACGGCUAGACGUAUCGAGGCAGUGUUGUCGAAUUUCAAUACACAACCUACUGCUACGAACGAGAAUUUUUUGAGGGCUGCUAUCCAGACCUUGUCCAUCAUUGAGAAGGUGGAUCACGAUAGGACCAACAUAGGUCCCGAUCUAAUGCGAUGGGUCAUUGCCGCUCCCACAGCUCAGUCUGAUCACACCGUACCAUUGCUCUCCUCCAUCAUCCGAUAUCAUCAACUCACCCACACUCUUCCUUCACUCUUCGAGUUGCUCAACACGACAGUCGAAGGCUUCUUCGACCCCUCUAUUCCCGACCAGGCUGUCCCACACCUAUACAAGCUUGUCAUUUGUGGUCCUCUUGGCCAGCGAGCCAUCAGAGAAGAUUUUGUAUCUGCUUUGAAGACGACCAAUCCCGGCAAGAGGCGAAGUCCUCAGUGGACUGGUAUUUUUACUGCAUUGGCUUCCAGUCUGCAAGCCCUCACCGAGCCGUCAUGGGCCACUUCUUCUGGCCAACUCUCUGCCAGAUCUGCUGCUUUGACUGGUAUCAAAAGUCGAUGGAUCACCCGGUGUAUCGAGGCUGUCGUAGAUACUACCUAUGACGGCGAGAUAGAGGGCGACGUAGUCAGCGACUUUGCAACCUUCCUCGACAAGUGGGCUCAGGCACCGCUCAAUAUUUCCGGGCGAGCAAACGACGUCAAGACAGAAGCUGGGGGUGUCAACAGCGCUGCGCGGUUGAGGCUGACCAUCGCCGUCGAAAAGUUGUUGAACAGGAGCUGUACGACGGAGACGGGAGUCGAUGCUGCUCUCACAGCCAGAACUGCCAAUAGGGAGCUGCUUUUGGCGCUCACCAAAUUUUCUUUCCACCGAGCCGCUUUGAACUUGCAGCUCGAUCACAAGGUCCAUCAGACCUUCCCCUCCGAGCUCGACGCUAUUGUGGAGUUUUGCUCAGACGUUGAACAACCCGCCUUUGACCGCGUCCAACAUUCAUCGAAGAGUAACGCUCCUGGAAAUGUCGAUCUUUGGCAGAUCGUCGUGGACAAUGCUGCCAUCAUCGAUCUCGUCGCUACCCCCAAACAACUGAAACGCUUCGCCAUGACCGUCAUCCGUGCUGCUCAUCACAACUCUAGCAUCCUGUCCAACGCUGGAUUCUGGGAAUUGGACCAUAUACAAACAGGUGUAUGCGAAGGUCUCUCGGACUAUCUCAAAGAAAUCAGCGCUACACAACUCGUCGCAUUUCUUGAGAGAACGCCUCCGAAUUACCUCUCAAAGCAUGUGAGGACUGCCGCCGCGGACGCAUUGUGGAAGCAUGAAGAUUUGGAUCAAGGGGUGCAUUUCUUGAGUAUCAUGGCGGAAUACUUUGAUUACACCGGGCCUGUGUUGAGCGACGACACCAUUUUCUUGAGGCUUGUCAAGAUCGCCGAAAAACCCAAUGCUGACGGAGAAUACGCUCGUAAAAUUUGGUCAAAGAUCCUGCCACGUCUUUUGAAAGCUCCGCUACAGUACUCUGGCCAGUUUGACACGCUCUUUGUUCAUCAUCUGGACUACUUGAGGGCAGGGAAAAAGCCCCAGGAUAGGACGUUCCCGGGGAAGCUCGAGAUGAUUGCUAGAACUGCUCAACAAGCCAUGGCUGCUGGACCGUUGGAGAGCUUUCCAUCCACGACCAGAACCCAUUUCUUUGCGUUGUCCGAGAAACUUGUUGCCAUCAUUCCUUCCCUUUUCAACAAUACCGACGCGACUCUGAAUUUGAGCCAUCUUGUCCCCGUUUAUGUCGUCGCUCGGCAAUUCGCCCGUUGGUCUGGUGUGCCAGUCUCCGAGGAGAAGGCUGGUCUCAAGUUGGCCCCAGGUGUUGCAAGGCUCAGAGUACAAGAUGCGGGGAAGGCGACAAGGGGUGUGCUGGAAUUGCUGCUCGAUGAGGGCGAAGGGCUCGAUCAGGUUCUGGCAGUCACUGUCGUCUUCUAUACGGUCUUGCCUGGUGGGCAACUUGAUGAGAUUGUCCGAGAGACUUUCAAGGACCACAUAGACGAGGCUAUGGGUGCUUGCAUUCAUCUGUUACAGGCCAAUUCCGGUCGAGAAGAAGCGAUCAUAGGCGCCUUGCGGGCAAUGACCAAGGCGUGCAAUAAGCCCGAAUUGAUCCGGCAGGUUAUUCAGACUGGCAUAUCAUCAGCACCGAGCCCUGCUCGUGCCAUCAGCUUUGUCGAAUCCAUUGUCGAAGACAAGUUUUCACUUCUUCAAACAGACGAUGCUCUUCUCAUACUCUCCGCCCUUUACGAGAUCCUCUUCACUCCCAUCGGCAAUGAAACAUUCACCUCUAUCAUCAACAUUCUCACCAUCAUCGAUCGUCGAAGGCCCGAAUUGGUUUUCGCCACUCUGCCGCAGAUUGUUCAGACUGUAUGCUACAUCUUUCCCAGAUUCCAAGUCUCUCGCGCCGCGCUUCUUCAAGGCAGCGCCGAGAGACCCCUCUCCGCCGCCUCAUCGACUCUAUUCGCCCGUUACCUCGUCUCCCUGGCGCAAAGUAAACCAUCCCGCGCCGACAACCCACACGAGACAAGUCCCCUCGCCAAGCACGUCCCUGCCAUACUCGUGGCAUAUGUGCGGGCGUGUUCGGACCCGACGAAAGGGUACGAGGCCGCGGUGAGAAAGGAGCUGGAGAUAGGAUUGUUUGCGUUGUGCGACUUGACAACGAGUGGUGGUCGGGCUGGUGCUAGGGGAAGAGAAGGAGAAGGGCUGGGGACACCAUUUGGGCUUGGAGAAGGACCGGGUGGAGAGGGAGAAAGGGAGCUUUGGGCCGAGUUGUGGAAGGGAUGGAGUAGAGGGAGAUAUGCUGGUCAGGGGUAAGCGAAUCUUGUUUGGCAGAGUGCAAUACAGAAGCAGUAACGAAAACGGCCGUGCUAAGU